UGCCUUAACAUCUUAACGGAAGAUCCUUUAAUACUUAUCUAUUAUCACCGAACGCAACAUGGGAGGAUGUUUCUCGAAACCCAAACCAGUUGAGGUAAAAGUAGAAGUAGUCCUACCAGAGAAAGAAAGAGACAAAGAAGAUAUGUCUCCCAAUGGCAAAGCCAGCCCACUCGCUUACAAAACCAAUGGAACUACAAGACACUAUCACCAUGAAGACCGGCCUAUAGUCCUUAAUCCUUACACAAACCCCAAGGAUAUAGUGGAAGCCUCAGUAUGUCACGUGAAGGACCUGGAGAAUGGACAGAUGCGAGAGGUUGACCUAGGGUCUGGCAAAGCCUUACUCAUUAAGCAAAAUGGCGAAUACUAUGCAAUGGGACACAAGUGCCCCCACUAUGGAGCACCGCUAGUAAAAGGAGUCCUCUCCAGGGGACGAAUACGUUGCCCGUGGCAUGGUGCUUGCUUUAAUAUUGCAACUGGUGACAUUGAAGACUUUCCAGGCUUGGAUGGUUUGCCCAAGUUUCAGGUAAAGGUUGAAAAGGAGAGAGUCUAUAUUCGUGCAAGUAAACAGGCUCUUCAGUCACAACGGAGGACGAAAGUUAUGGCCAAAUGUAUAGCACUGAGUAACUACAGCACAGCCAUUACCAAUAUUCUAAUCAUUGGAGCAGGACCUGCUGGAUUAGUGUGUGCAGAAACCCUAAGACAAGAGGGGUUCUCAGACAGGAUUGUAAUGUGCACUUCGGAGAAAUACUUGCCAUAUGAUCGAUCCAAACUAAGCAAAUCUAUGGACUCACAGGCUGAGCAGAUAUUUCUUCGUUCCAAAGAAUUCUUCCACACAUAUGACAUUGAAGUUCUGACAGAAACGCAGGUUGUCAAUGUGGACACAAAGAAUAAAAUGGUGGUUUUCAAGGAUGGAUUCAGAAUGGAGUACAACAAACUUCUGAUUGCCACAGGAAGCACCCCUAAAACCCUUACCUGCAAAGGAAAAGAACUGGAUAAUGUCUUCACACUCCGAACCCCUGAGGAUGCCAACAGGGUAGUGAAGCUUGCAAGCAGCAAGAACGCUGUGAUUGUGGGAGCUUCCUUCUUGGGUAUGGAAGUAGCAGCCUAUUUGUGUGAAAAGGCCCACUCGGUCUCUGUGGUAGAACUGGAGAAUAUCCCCUUCAAGAAAUUUUUAGGGGAAAAGGUUGGACAUGCCAUUAUGAAGUUGUUUGAAAACAAUCGAGUGAAGUUCUACAUGCAGACGGAGGUUUCAGAACUACGAGAACAGGAAGGAAAGCUGAAAGAAGUGGUGCUGAAGAGCGGAAAGGUCCUCAGAGCCGAUGUUUGUGUUAUAGGUAUAGGAGCAAGUCCUACUACAGGCUUUUUAAAGCAGAGUGGCAUCACUAUCGAUUCCAGAGGCUUUAUUCCAGUUAACAAGAUGAUGCAGACCAAUGUUCCAGGAGUAUUUGCUGCUGGGGAUGUGGUAACCUUCCCACUGGCUUUUCGGAAUAACAAAAAAGUGAAUGUACCUCACUGGCAGAUGGCACACACGCAAGGCCGUAUUGCAGCUCUGAACAUGUUGGCACAAGGCACAGAAAUCAAUACCGUUCCCUACCUGUGGACAGCAAUGUUUGGAAAGAGUAUACGGUUUGCUGGGCAUGGGGAAGGCUUUGAUGAUGUCAUAAUUCAGGGAGAUAUCGAGGAGUUAAAAUUUGUAGCAUUUUACACCAGGAAAACCGAAAGGAUCUUAUUUUCCAAUAGUAAGAUGACGUCCUGCGUAGAUGAAUGGAGGAAUGAAGAGGUCAUUGCAGUAGCAAGUAUAAACUAUGAUCCCAUAGUAUCCAAAGUGGCAGAAGUAAUGGCCUCUGGAAAAACAAUACGCAAGAGGGAUGUUGAGACUGGAGAUAUAUCCUGGUUAACAGGAAAAGGAUCCUAGCUACUGAAAAACGCCAACAACGUGGAAUUGCACUAAAGGAAGAAAACGUUUGCAGAAUGGAGUAUAAUUGUUAAAAAUGAAGAACAAAAUAGCAUGAAAAUAAAACGCAGUAAACUUGAUGUAUAAAA